UUGUAAACCUUUUUUUACACGCUCUGUAACUAAAUAACUAGAUCUAAUCAAAAUAAACUUUCCACUUAUUUACAUUCCUUAUUUUUAAUUUAAUGACAAGAUGACAGAAAAACUGCGCUCAUUUUUAUUUGUUGCAUGUUUUAUGUGGCAAGUCACGCAAUCUCUUCAAGAUUCCAGUUCGUGUCAAAUUCCUCUAACUAUAAGAGGAUCAUGGUUUUCAUGGGAAAAUGGCAAGAAUACUUUAACAGAAAUAAAUGCUGCAACAAUGACUGAUCGUGGCUUUUGUGUGAACAUGUUAGAAGAAUACCACGUUAAUUAUACAUUUGUAUUUCAGAAUGAUAAAUGUUAUCAUUGCGUUAAAUUAAUUGUCAGAACAGUUAAUGUACUAGAAAAACUUGAAGUAAGCUGUGUGAAUUUGCCUAAUGGCGUUGAGCCAACUGUGGAGAAUGUAUGCAAAGGAUUACGACCUGAUCAACAGUUAAUAACAUUAUUUUCAGAAAAUUAUGUCCCUGUAAAUUGUAGAUCAUCUCUUGAAGGUGUUUGGCAAUUUGCAUAUCAGAAUCGAUUUAGGUUCACAGGAGAAUGUAAUCAUCCUGAUGCUCAAAUUCGAUCAUGUCAAACUGCAGGAACACAAUUUUUAAUAACUAAUCAAAAAUUUAAUAUAACAUACAAGCAAUGUCCUGGUAUGAAAGACACUUUUAAUGGAGUGGUGGAAUAUAAUUGUUUGGGUGACUGGUUCGUAGACAAAAAUCACUUCUUUGCAGUUGCAAAUACAAAAGAAUCUCGAAAAGAUGAAAAAUAUCGGUGUUUUUUAAAGAAUCGUGAUGAUGAUCUUUACAUUGGAGUAUCUAUUACUGCCGAAUGUAACACAUUAAAGACUGUUGAAAAAAGUCCAGAAAGAUUAAGAAUAACACCUGUUAAAGCAGAAGUUGUAGAGCCAGGAUGUAGAUUACCAGAGGAUAUGAGCGGAGAGUGGAUAAACACUGCUAACAUUGAGGCCGACAUUUUUAUUAAUGAAACACAUAUAAUUGAAACUUCAUUUCCGGAUGAAGGUCGUUACAGGCGUACAAUUUACGUUUGCCGCGAAACGAGAGAUACACGAGUUAUGAUGGCGAGAUUGACCGUUGAUGGAUGUCAAAAGGAUUAUGUUUGUUUUGAUUUUGUACGACGACAUCACAAUAUUAUUAGAUAUCGACGAGGUCUUGCAGUUAUUAAAGAUAACUUUCAUACAGUUUGCUCUUGGGUACAGUUUCCUAACAAGGAAGCUUGGAAAUACGAUUUAUUUUUAGCCCGGAAUCCAGUACCAGUUCGUUGUCCCGUGGCUGGAAAAUAUAUGUUCCAUCAAAAAGGAGACGUUUUAUUUGAAACUAGAAUCCUAGGAGGUGUUACUUUAUCUCCUCGCCCGAAUAUCUAUUGCAAGCAAAAUAUUUCAGAUUUCUCUGUAUGUGAUACUGAUCAAAAGGAGAUAGCUAUUGAUGAAACUUAUUGUUUGUCAGUAGAUCAUUUAGGCAGACCUGUAGACAUUUACAGUUUACCGGAUUACAAAAUGAAAUGUAUUGGAUACUGGAAAGAAAAUCUAAAAUCAUAUUUAAUAACGUAUGAUGAGCUAGAUCCUUUCAGCAAAUAUCGUUGUUGGGUGUAUCAAAGAGCAGACUUAAAUAAAGUCCUUAUGUCUGAAGCUAUUGGACCAUUUUGUGAUCUUAAACAAGAUGUUACAAGUAGCAAUUUUACCGAAGGUGCAGCGGUUGCAUUAGAGUUACAGGAGUAUGAAAGAGAACGUGAUCGAUGUCCAAUGCAUUUUGAUGAUGGAACUAAUCCUUGGAUAGAAACUGAAAAUUAUAUCCAAGUAUUUCACUAUGGAAGUGGAGGUACAAAAGUAUUCUCAUGUCCAUCCUUAUUGUUAAUAAUGAACAUAGUAUUUAUACGUUCCAUUGUUGCAUAGUAUAUUAAUGUCUUUUUAUAUUAUGGCAGAUUGUUACAUUUAGAGAGAUUAAUAUUUCGAUUUUAGCUAAUGACAUUUUAUACUUCUAAUCUUAAUAUCAAAUCCGUCCAUUUUAUUGCAUUUAGGAGUGUUAGUAUUUUUAUUUUAGCUAUUGCCAUUUUAUACUUCUAAUAUUAAAAUC